UGCUUUGUGUUUAUGUAGGUCACAGGACAGAGGACAGAGGACAGAGAUACAUUGAGUCGCUGCUGUCAGAGGAGGACGAUGCACUGGCUGCCUCCGCUGUGGCUGUACGCAGCCAUACCAGGUGUGCUGUGGGCCGCGCAUGUCACUCUUUUAGUCGAGGGGGACAAGAACGCGUCCAGGAUCUGCAAACCCGCCCCCCACUGGGAGAUUAAGGGACAGACGCCCAUGAAAGAGCUGCUGGGAAACGUUGUGGUGGUGGCGCUGCUGAAGGCUAGCUGACAGUUCUGCCUCACUCAGGCCUCCAAACUGGGAGGCCUGCGUGACAGGCUGAAUCGCAGCAACAUCACAGAGGUGUCUUUCAUGAUCGUAAACGAGCGCGAGGCUCAGUCCAGGGCGAUGUACUGGGGGCUGAAGAGAAGAGCGCCACCUGAUGUUCCCGUGUACCAGCAGGCGCCGUUUCAGGACGACGUGUGGGAGGCGCUGGAUGGCGACAAAGACGACUUCCUGGUCUACGACAGGUGUGGUUUCCUCACCUUCCACGUCGUGUUGCCCUACAGUUUCCUGCACCAGCCUUAUGUAGAAGCUGCCAUCAGAGCCACGUACCAGAAGGACAUCUGCAACUGUCAUCAGGUGAAUUCGACCGUACCAAGCGUCACGAAGAACGAGACAACUCUGACAACCAACCACACAACUACAUUACCCACAAUUCACCUGGACAGCGAUAAUCCAGAGGGAGGAGACCAAGCACCUGUAACUCAUCAUCACCACCAUCACCAUCCUCAUCAUCAUCAUCAUCACUAACCCCCAUAAUCUUCAUCCUCUCCCUCAUCAUCAUCACCACCACAAUCAUAAACUAAGAAGAAGUCGAGAAGUCGUUUUACAAAAGGCAGCAAAUCUCUAAAAGUCAAAUCUGUAAAAUUUAGGUAAAUGUAUUGGUAGAAAUGAACAUAUCAUAUACCACACAUAAGUCUGUUUGUGUAAAAUCUCUUUAAAACAAUAAUAGUUUUCAUAGCAUCAGCCUUUGAUAUGCUCGGGGGGGGAGGUUCAGAGUUCAUAGCUUUUAUUCUGGAAAAAUAACCAGAAACUAACCAAAACUAAAUGUUUAGUUUGACAAACUAAAAACAAAUACACUGCUGUUGUCAUGGAGACAGCCAGGUUUGGGGAGUAAAUGUCUGUAAAAUAACUACUUGCAUGUAAUUCUUAAACUUGAAAUGAUGCACAACAAAUAUUAACAGUUUCAUCAGAUUGCGGUCUGUCCACACACUCGUGCGCCUCACUCCUCUGUCUCUGUGUGUACAAACCAGACAAAUACGUCCACAUCCGUCUCCUCCAGUGAAUGAAGUCUACGGUGUGAAACCUGUCCCUGCAGGAGGCUGUAGAUGGAGGUGUGUGGACAGACGGGGUGUGGACGGACAGCUGGUGUGUCUCACACAGAGACAGACAGACAGAGGGAGACGUAGUAGUGUCAGCCUGGUCACCGUUUAAAACAUUAGACUUUUCUCAUCUUAUUUCUGUGCUGAAUGGGAUUACUACAAUCAUCUAGUAAUAAUAAUAAUUUCCAUGUAGUUUGUAUUACUUAUCUGGAAGCUUGUUGAUCGUUUUCUGUUUACAAUAAAUACAAUCUAUACAACAAAAAA